UGUGUAAUUAUCAACGGUGGUGUAUCGAUGAUUUGUCACUAGUGUUAGAGUUUCUCGAUCUAUGACCAUAAUAGUAGACUUCUGAUGGGUGUGUCCAGGCUCUCUUGGCAAACCACGGCGGAAGGGAAGAGGGCCUGUCUGUCUGAUGUCGGGCUGGGUGUUAGAGAUAGGAGCCAGCUAACGAGGAAGGGCGGCUAUACCUUUAAGUGAAAGAAAACGAAACAAGAAGCAAUCAGCGUUACCGCUGGGUCGCGAAGCUGGUUUACAGGGGAUACAGGGAAUUUCGAUAUGAUAUUUUUAAAACUGAUUCUCUUGUGUUGCUUCCUACGAGAUAUUGCAGGUCAGUCUGGGAACCACUUGAACAAAUAUAUUCGCCAUUAUGAAGGUCUAUCAUAUGACACAGAGGCCCUGCACAACAGUCACCAGAGAGCCAAGAGGGCACUCUUUCCUCAAGACAAGACUGUGCACCUGGACUUCCAUGCACAUGGAAGACAUUUUAACUUGCGGAUGAAGAGGGAUACAUCUCUAUUUUCCCCAGAUCUCAUCAUUGAGGUGUCAGGAGAGAAGGCACCUAUUGAUACAUCGCAUAUUUACAGCGGAGAAAUCUUUGGUGAAAAGGGCACACUGAGCCAUGGCUCUGUGGUUGAUGGCCGCUUUGAGGGCUUCAUUAAAACCCACCACGGAACAUACUAUGUUGAACCCUCAGAGAGGUACCUACAGGACAAGAAAGUGCCCUUCCACUCUGUCAUCUAUCAUGAGGAUGACAUCAAUUAUCCUCAUAAGUAUGGCUCAGAGGGCGGUUGCGCUGACCACUCAGUGUUCGAGAGGAUGAGGAAGUACCAGGCAUCAGCAGUGGAAGAGCCAGCCAAAGGGGUGAGCAGUGUGUUGGAAGAGGAGACCUUCCCUGGUCCUGUCAUUCUGAGGAGAAAGAGGGCAGCUGGGAAAGAGAAAAACACCUGCCAGCUCUUCAUUCAGACUGACCACCUGUUCUUCAGAUACUACAAAACAAGAGAGGCAGUCAUUGCCCAGAUCUCCAGCCAUGUAAAGGCUAUCGACUCAAUUUACCAGGCCACAGACUUCAUGGGCAUCCGAAACAUCAGCUUCAUGGUUAAAAGGAUCAGGAUUAAUACCACUGUCGAGGAGAAGGACAGAACCAAUCCUUUUCGCUUUGCCAACAUCGGAGUGGAGAAGUUUUUGGAGCUUAACUCUGAACAGAACCAUGAUGACUACUGCCUGGCCUACGUCUUCACUGAUAGGGACUUUGAUGAUGGUGUGCUUGGCUUGGCUUGGGUUGGGGCUCCCUCAGGAAGCUCUGGGGGCAUCUGUGAGAAGAGCAAACUCUACUCCGAUGGGAAGCGGAAGUCUCUGAACACUGGUAUCAUCACUGUGCAGAACUACGCCUCCCAUGUCCCUCCCAAGGUGUCACACAUCACCUUUGCCCAUGAGGUUGGGCACAACUUUGGCUCUCCUCAUGACUCUGGGAUCGAAUGCACCCCUGGAGAGUCUAAAGUACAGGACAAAAAGGAGCAGGGCAACUACAUCAUGUACGCCAGAGCCACAUCUGGGGACAAGCUCAACAAUAACAAGUUCUCUAUCUGCAGCGUCCGCAAUAUAAGUGCUGUUCUGACAAAGAAAAGAAACGACUGUUUUGUUGAGUCUGGCGAGCCUAUCUGUGGUAAUGGACUAGUGGAAAAUGGAGAAGAGUGUGACUGUGGCUACAGUGAUCAGUGCAACGACCCCUGUUGCUUUAGCGCCAAUGAAGAGGAGAGCAAAAAGUGCAAACUGCGGCCUGGCAAAAUCUGCAGUCCCAGCCAAGGCCAAUGUUGCACAACGGAGUGUACUUUCAAGGGCACAAAUGACGAGUGCAGACUGGAGUCCGAGUGUGCCAGACAGGGCAAAUGCAAUGGAGCUACUGCUCUGUGUCCUGCCUCAGAACCAAAGGAAAACUUCACCUCUUGCAAUUCAGAAACACAAGUCUGCCUCAAUGGGGUGUGCUCUGGUUCCAUCUGUGAGAAGUAUUCUCUUGAGGUAUGCACCUGUGCCAGCCAAGAUGGCAAGGAUGAGGCAGCUGAGCUGUGCCACGUGUGCUGCAUGGAGAAAAUGAACCCCAGCACCUGCAGCAGCACAGGCUCAGAAAGAUGGGCCAAGUUCUUCAACAAGAAGAUCAUGACGCUGCAGCCCGGCUCACCCUGCAAUGACUUUAAGGGCUACUGCGAUGUGUUCAUGAAGUGUCGUUUGGUGGACGCCGACGGGCCUCUGGCCAGGCUAAAGAAAGCCAUCUUCAAUGCAGAACUCUAUCAGAGUAUUGCAGAGUGGAUAGUGGCUCACUGGUGGGCAGUGCUGUUGAUGGGCAUCGCUCUUAUAAUGCUAAUGGCCGGCUUCAUCAAGAUCUGCAGUGUGCACACCCCCAGCAGCAACCCCAAACUGCCCCCACCAAAGCCACUGCCAGGUACACUGAAACGGAGACGACAGCAGCAUGCAAACCCACAGUCACAAGGCCAGCGCCACCAACGUCAGUACAGAGAGAACUAUCAAAUGGGACAGAUGAGACGCUGAGACACUGGCCGGUUCUUUGCCUUGGUUCUUCCUAGUGCCUACAAUGGGAGCACUUCACUCCAAAGAGUUACCUUUACCACAUAUUGCAAAAUUCUAAGAACUUGCAGCAGUUUCACUGGACAAAGCCUGAAGUUUUUUUGGGCCUAACAAACUCACUCAGCACCUCUGCUCCGAGAGCCAGAUUAGCAGUGGUUCACAAAGCUUUUAUAGGAAAUAAAUAAAUUUUCCAAGGAGGGACAGGAGGAGAAAUUCACUGAUCUCUGUUAUGUGGUCUUAAUCAUAUUUUUUAGUUUUCAAUGUUUUUUUGUUUGUUUUUUUAUUCAAAGAAUGGAGGAGAGAGAGGCAGCUUUGUGUUAGAGUUGCCUUCUUCCGUCCUCCAUCUGUGCAACCUUUUUCUUUCCUGUUCUUCCUCUCUGAAGUGCUGCCAUCAUCAGCACAAUAGCAGGACUGCAAGUCACAUGAGUUUUUGCUGCCAAUCCAAAACAACAUUGAGACAUUGUGUUGAAGAGAACUCUUUUUUGCCAAUAUAAUUAGAUUGUUUUAAAUCAGACACCAUCAAAAACAGAAGCAUUUUAAUUCUAAAGCAUACAUGUUCUUUCAGUGUGCAAUUGUACAGAUGUUGCAGUAGAUUGUUUUCUGUUUCAAAUGAAACUGAUUUUCUGUAUGAUGAAAACUAUUUACUGUUUUAAUUCACUUUCUCAGGAUUAAUAAAACAACAGCAAACAAGUGUAUUGGGUGAAAAAGAUGGCUGCAUGCGUAUUUCAGGGUAAAAUCCCUCCUGGCUGAUGCCUGUACAGAAGGGUCCACGUUAGCUGCUGCGGGAUUUAGAGGGCAGUUUGUAAGAGAAUGUAGAUAAACGAUCGUAAUGAGAUUAUAGUGUCAUCUGUUAUUAGAUGGAGGGAAGAUUGAUUUUCUGGAUAUGUAUAUUUCUUGUUGUGAUAUGGCUUUGCCGCUGCAUUUACAUAAUGGUCUAUAGUCUGGGUCUGAAAUAAAUGGUCAGAGAAUAGCUUUUUAUCAACCUGAUUGUAUAACACUUGAAUUUCACACACUUGCAGAUCUUUUAGGAAAUGACAAAACCUGUUAAAACCACUCAGAAGCAGUUAGAUCCUCUAGGCCUCUGUAGCCAGAUGAAGAACUGGUCUGGUUUAAAUGUGAUUGUGGAUUUUGCUUGUAUUGAUUUUACUUGCAGUUCAGAUUAUUUGUAUAUUUGGAAGAGUUGAAUCAACCGAGGAAAACUAGAGAUUCUAAUUUUACUGUUGUGUUGUGGCUGCUGUUAACAGACAUUUACAAGAGCGAACAAUCACUAUGUGUCAGCCAUCUACUGCUGUUCUCUUCUGUCCUGUCCUAUCUUUUCCUACUGAUCGGGGUUUUCUCAAGGACCUUUUUUACCCUUGUUAUACCCUCUUUCAGUGUGACUGAAAUUGGUAUGGAAACUAGAGUCAGAGAUCUUUACCUAAGCUGAAACAAUACAUGAGGAGUUUAUCAGAGUUUAUCAGUCUGGACUUGUGAAAUUUAAAGAAAAAAUAUGUUGGAAAUGAUGUGGCUUAGGGUUUGGCGAUGUAUUAUAUUCAUAGGAAAUGUAAGUGGUUGAUUGACAUACAUAUACUACCAUAUAUAGGACUUCACAUGAAAAAAUCAAAUGUAACAAACACAAACUCUCAUAUUAUAUUGCGCAGUUUGUUCAUUGAUUUUCUUGAGAGAUUGUUAUAAUAUUAUAUUGCUGUCCAGACUUGCUUUGGCUCAAUUUGACUUUUCAGUUGUCUUCAGCCAGAUUAAAUCCACGUCAACUUCACUGAAAGAUGGAUGAGGGCACAAAACACUCCAGGUUUAGUUACCGGCAUAUAUAAAAAUAUGUGUGUGGGGGUUUUUUUUUGUUUGUUUGUUUGUUUGUUUUUUUUUUUAAAUUAUUUUAGGAGGGAAACUCUUCGUGGAGCAGAGACAGACUCAACAAAAGAGAAGUAUCAAGCACAGCUGCAGCUCAGCGUUGUUUUCUGUUUGAGGUGUAAGGAGGUCGAUGAGAUAGAUUCUAUGCAGAGUAUCACAGCGCUCAACAGCUAACAAGUUAGCCUCUUCUCAGAGAAAUGCCUUCAUCAUUUUCUCCUAAAUGGGUACAUGGAAAAUUCUAUUGUGCUUUCAUAAUAAAAUGGUUACUCCUCUCCGUUUGCUACUGCAAAGUUUCUGAACUUACAAAAAUGCAAUCCUGUUACUUUUGCUGAUUUUGUUUGUCUUUUGGUGCUACUGGUAGUGCUUUCUCUUGGGUCAGAGCUUAAACUAUAUUUUUCAUUAUCUUUGGCAAGUUUUAAAGUUUUUGUGUGAGUGAGUGAGUGAGUGAGUGUGUGUGUGUGUGUGUGUGUGUGUGUGUGAGAGAGAGAGAGAGAGAUAUCGGGUUUGCUGAAUCCUCGGAGAAUAGUGGGUGUUUAGGGUUAAUACUCUGGGAAAUUUUUCUUUCUUUCAAAUUUCUGUGAUGUUGAGAAAAUGUGCACUGAAGUGUAAGUGAUGUAAACUGAAAAUCCAAAACAGUAUAGUUUCAGUUCUGCCGUCUGAUUUUAAUGUCUCCUGUGUUUUAUACAUUGUCCUUUUGUUUUUAUUGUUUACUCUUUCGGUUCUAUUUCCCACUCUGCUUACUUUGAAAAUUUUACUAGAUUUGCAAAGGUAUUGUGCAAAUAUAUAAUUUUUUUUGAACUACUUGAAAAGCAUUAAUAAA